AUGCAGAAGGUGACGUCUAAGCUGCCGUCCUGGGACACCACCAAGACCCAAAGCAAGAAGGGCUUUGACAAGGUCUGGGGUUGGGCGGAUAAGCUCGGAGCACCCGUGAAUCGACUUUCCAAUCGCAUUGGCAGCGAAGCGUUUUGGCCCACGACGCUGGACAAGGAAAGCGACAAGGCCGCAAGAAUUUUGAGGUCAUUUUGCAAGGAUGGCUUCUACACGGAAGAAGAGCGCCCGGCUGAUGAUGCCGGCCCGAAGCGGAAGCAACGAGUUAUCAAGAAGAUUCCCCAAAAAGUAAUAGAGAAUGCUGUUGGUCUCGCGAUAUUUACGACUAUGCGCACCGGAUUGUGGAUAUCCGGAGCCGGGGGUUCUGGAGUCUUGGUUGCCAGACAGGAAGAUGGAUCAUGGUCCCCUCCUUCCGGCAUUAUGCUACACACAGCCGGGUUGGGAUUUCUUGUUGGUGUUGACAUAUAUGACUGUGUGCUGGUAAUCAACAAUCCCAAAGCUCUUGAAGCAUUCACCAAGAUCCGAGCCACGCUGGGAGGAGAGAUUAGCGCAGUCGCCGGACCUGUUGGCAUGGGUGGGGUUCUCGAGAAUGACGGCAAGUGGAAACAGGCAAAUAGGCCGAUAUUCACAUACCUCAAGUCCCGUGGCUUCUACGCAGGCGUCCAAGUUGACGGUACGGUCGUGAUUGAGCGCUCUGACGAAAAUGCUCGUUUUUAUGGAGAGACAAUCGGUGUUGCCGACAUUUUAGCUGGAAAGGUCCGACAUCGACCACCAGAGCUCAAAAUGCUGAUGGAAACACUGAAGGCUGCCGAAGGCCGAUCGGAUGUUGACGAAGAGCUCAUGGAGGAGCUCGAAGGACAACCAGCGCCAGGCGAUGUCAAUGUCGAGGCCCCCAGUGACGGGAAACUUUUUGGCAUUCCAGAACCCGACGAUCCAGAUCCAUAUGGCUUUUUAGCACUGCAAAGGGAAGGGUUGGAUAUUGUGGAAGCCGGCACUCGUUCGAGACCAUCGAGUCGCCAAUUUGAAUACCAUCCAAGUCCAUCCAGUCCAGUGUACGGCAAAUUUCACAACAGGAAUAGCAUGGAGACAUCGGAAACAAGAAGCAAUCGCGAUAGCUAUACAUCAUCUCGCCUCAGGUGGAGCUCUGAUCGACACUACGAGUCGUCCGAUGCUGGCACACAAACAGACGAAGUCAUAACUCCAAUUACAAGUCCCAUUCUCAACAACCUUCAUAACCCAAAUCUCUACGACGAGCCUAGCGACUUUUAUAAUGCGGUCAACGAUAGUCCCUGGAGUUCAAAGGGCCGUAAAAACAGUAUACACCGUGACUGGGGAAGAGACGAUAGCCUUACUUUUUUCAGUGAGGACGACGAGAAAUCCGAAGCUGCAUUUUUAUCCCCCUCCGAUCUACGAUCGCAGUCUAUCAGCGCACCUCCAGUUGACGCUAUAGUUACUCCUGCCCGUGUGCCACCACCGCUACCACCGAGAAAUAUAUCCCGACCUCUCAAGCCUGAAUUUGAGGAAGUGGAUUUGAAAGCCGCGGAG